UUGUGCAAUCAUAUUGCUUCAGGCAAGAAAUGUCAGUAUGAUGGAAACUGUUCAUUUGCUCACAGUCCUGAGGAGAGAGAGAUGUGGACCUAUAUGAAGGAGAACAGCAUUCAAGACUUGGAGCAGUUGUAUGACAUAUGGCUAAAAAGUCAAAAACCAGAAAAGGGAGAUGAUACAGCUGCUCAGGCAAACAAAGAGAAUGGGAAGCAAAUUCACAUGCCGACUGACUAUGCUGAAGUUACAGUGGAUUUUCACUGUUGGAUGUGUGGGAAGAACUGUAAUAGUGAGAAGCAAUGGCAGGGUCACAUUUCUUCUGAAAAGCAUAAAGAGAAGGUUUUCCACACUGAGGAUGAUCAAAACUGCUGGCAGUAUCGCUUUCCAACCGGAAAUUUUAGCAUUUGUGAUAGAUAUAUGGCUGGUACUUGUACUGAAGGAAACAACUGUAAAUUUGCCCAUGGAAAUGCUGAACUCCAUGAGUGGGAAGAACGAAGACAAGUUUUAAGAAUGAAGCUCAGCAAAGCAAGGAAAGAUCACUUGAUUGCUCCCAGUGAUAAUGACUUUGGAAAAUAUAGUUUUUUGUUUAAAGACUUAAACUAAUACUGAGAUGACACAUACAUGUUAUCAGCUGGAAGCAUAAACCAGAAAAUUUGACAAAAAUCAAAAGCAUGUGACAGAAAAGCUGCAGGUUUUCUGCUUUUAUUGGCAUAUAUUGUUCCUCCUGAACAGCAAAAUAUAGUAGAUUUAGGGGGAUUGAGCAGACCUGUCUGUGCUCUCAUGAAACAGAGUGGUGAUUAAAAAAAUCUGAAGUAUUACGUGCUUACUCACCUUCUGUUGGACAGAAAGUUAGGAAAUAGAAAGGGGGGAAGAGAGGUCAUAAUCUAGGAAGCCCCCUAGUAUCAGUCCUUCAGUUGAAAAACUUUAAGGUAUCAAGGUAUUGCAAAACUGUGUGUUAUGGACUAAGAAGAAAAUGAUGGAUGAAAAUUCUUCAGAUCUUUUAAUGGAGAGGAUUUGUUUAAAACAAAGUUUGCUACUUAUCUAUAUGUAGGUUGCUAAAAAGGAUUUUUCUUAUUAAAGAUUUUAAACAAAAUAACCAUUUAACUACAGUAUAUGUUGAAUGGGUAUUUUUUCUCUAUUUGUAUGUUUCAAUAUAAUUUACUGAAAAAGGAUCUUGGGAAGAAAAAAACUGAAGUAGUUAAAAUUCUGUUUCUUGGUCUUUGCUGUUUAAAUGAUGAUUUUGAAAGAUUACACUUGUAUGUCAGUAUUGUGUACUAUUGUAUGGACUAAUGUUGCCUGUAAUAAAAAGAACUUUACACAAAGCUGUUU